UUUUGUUUCAGUUUAAGAGCCCAGCUACGCGAUGGCUGGCGCCCACUAUGACGCCGGUCCCCUCAGCUGCGAGUGAGUGUGACACACGCUCGGGGUUGGUGUGCAGGUUGCACUUCCGGCCACAGCGCAACGGCAGCGGGCUGCUACCUGAACCAUCGCGGCCGGAGCCACUGUCGGGUGGGCCCGUGGGGGCGGCAGCUGCUGCUGAAGCCGGGGCCGGCGCUGGUGGCGGCAACCAUCACCACCCGGGUGUCUCUACACCCGUCACCCCCAGCAGCGUGCCGUCCUCAUCGUCGGCCCCGACGACGGAUUAUGAGAGCUUCCAGAGCCACCAGGAGGAGUUGUUCGAAAUGCAGCGCAAGCAGCUGGAGAGGUUAAAAGGUGCGACGACUGCAUCGGGAGCGAGCGAUGGCGCAGAAGGGGGCUCCAGGCAUCCCGGCACCGGCAGCGGGGCGCCUUCGGCAGCGUCUGUGCCAGGGAGUGCGGCACCCAGCCGGUCAUCGCACUCGACGCUGGAUCCUGCCAGUGUUGAGUUUGCCGUCUCCGCGCUGCUGAGCACGACGGAGGUGUCUGGUAUCCUGAACUCUUUGGUGUCGUCGCCAUCGGUGACGACAGCAGCCUUCCUAGGAGACGGGUCUGGGUCCACUGUCGCAGCUGCGGCUCACGCAAGGCUUGCAGUGGCAGCAGCCAAUGGCCCUUCAGCAGAUGCAGCGCGAACAGCCAGCGAAGGUGACAUACUGCGGACGACACCCAAGCAGCAGCCUGGAGGCCAGGUGACUCCUGAUGCUGGCGCAGAAGCCGACUCACACGUAAUGGCUGCACUGCCACCUGUGGAGCUUGGGAACAAGCUACCAGCAUCACUCACAGACCUCCGGUAUUCCGUCCUGGAACAGAACGGAAACGAAGGGAACAAGGCACGCCACGAGCUGAGCAGCAGCAACCUCAGUCGAGUCAAGUUGGAGCCAGACGGGGCCUUGCCCAUGGACGUGACCUGACAGCCGCCCCAUCGCUUUCUGGACUUUUUCCGAGUUUACCGCUGCCAGCUCAUGGGGGCAACGACGGCUGCUGUUGCCUCUUCCGAAGGCGCAAGGCCACCGUCGGCGCAAGCCGCGUCUCCUGCUCGACCGCUGGGACUAGCAGUGCGGUGCUUCUGGGAGAGGUGCUUGGACCAGGCCCGCCGCUUGCCCGAUCUGGACGAGAUACCUCGUCGCCGCCUCCCUUCGGCUGGACGCCGGAAAAAAAAAACCUUCGUGUUCUGCUCAACUGACGCAUGUUGUGACAGCUGUGGCCCUCCUGUUUGUUACCGUUUGUCGUUGGUUGUCGGCACCGAGAAAUGGGAAGAGCAGAGAAUGUGGUGGUUGCACACUGGCGGAGGCGCCGCCGCCUCUCUGUCGGCUUUCCGUCUCUGUCUGUUCCGGGUUGCUCUUUCCCACUGGUAGCAUUUAUUUUGUGCUGGUUGCUAAGCGCAGAUCUCGUUUAAUUUGCCUUGGAGUGCAAUUUAGCAGUUUGCCCGAUUGGCCUUCAUGCUCAACCUAAACAGAAAGAUUAACUCCUUUUUUGCCUAAAACACGAAAGAGGUCGCUUGCGCCUGGGUGUCACGGUAGCCUUUGCGGCUACUCCAAUGGUUGUAUGCUUCCUUAGCGUCCAAAACGUGCUAUGUCGCAGUGUAGAUUCGAGCUGAGGAAUUGCAGUCAUCUCUUUUGCUGCCAGUGGGAGAAGUUAAUUGCCCCUUUUAAUUAAAGCACGCAGCUCUUUACAAUGUGCUGUAAGCUCUGCUACAGAGAUAGGUUGAUCAAAGUGAAUUUCAGUUGUACAGUAGCUUCCUCCCCUCUUAUUUUUGUGCCCUCCCGAAUAAAACUACACCGGGACAAAAGACAGUGGAAAGAUGUAAAGGGCUCUGUGCAAAAUGCUUGUUUCUGGUAACUGUGGUACUGGCUGUGUUGGUGUCACUGGUACAGAUGCUGUACCAAGCGUUGCAAACGUGUUGUUCAACAGUGUGUACAAUUGUAAAGAAGAAAAAAAAAAACUGUGCAAAUGCAGUAACGAUGUUUGGGGGGCAAAGCAUACAAAGGGGAGGUCUUGCUUUGGAAGGAGGAGGAACGCAAGUACAGCGGCAUAGUUUUUUUUUCUUCUUUUUUUAGUCUCUUUCAGUAACUGCUGUGCACUCGCGUUUCGACAUUCUUUUGCCCUUUAACGGUGCGCAUCGGCGAUGGCCACAUCCAUGGCUUGGUUCAGUAGCUGUGAUAAUACCUCAUAAACAGGGACUUCUUCGUGGGAAGGGUUCAUUGUUUGUUUUUUUCUUUGCCUUUUAUUUUGGGGGUUUGGGGAAGGGGAAAAGAGUAGAGAGGAGAGACGUGUCUGAGUUUGUGAGCUCUCCCUCAUCUCGUUGUACAAUGUGCUCUUGACAAUGUGUGUGUGUGUGCGUGCGUGUGUGUACACACACUCAUCGUGUAAUUAAUGUAAGUGCUAGUUGGAUCCAUUUGUCAGGUGUGAGUGCGGCGGCGCUGAUGUGCUGGUGUGUGUGUGUGUGUGUGUGUUUGGUGAACAUAUGCAUGUGUUAGCUUGCAUUGGCACGUUUUUCAAAACUACAUUAAAAAAAAACAAAAACAAACAGUGGGCUUGACUUAGAAACACCGAGUUUGCAAAUGUUUAAAAAGGAAGGGCACACUAUUUGGUGCAUUUUUUUAGCGACCUCAUGGUGAUGUCAAUGCAGUCAAAUAUGACUUUUUCAUCAGACUGCCAAACUUGUGCAUUCAAACAACAACUGGGCCACACAAAAUGCCUCGUGUGUACUUUGAAAAUGAUUUAGCGUGUUCUUGUAAGUCUUUCGACACUGCUGCUUGGAAAACCUGUUUGGGAGAGAAAUGUGAUGUGAAUCCCACACCCCUCCCCCCUUGCAGAGUUGCACGAAACAGUAACUUGAACCUCGGCGUUCACAGUGUCUAGCAGGAGGUGGAAGUUCGUAACACGCAAGUGCUGCGUUUCAGUUUUUAAUUGAAAACGUUGUGGGGAGGCCUGUUUUUCUCCCUGGAAAUCUUUGUGCGACUGCUUGUAAAUUAGCAAUCUCAGGGGUCUAUCUCUCUCUCCAUCUCUGGGCACUGUCAUUUAUAAUAAACUUUGUGCAAGCUGCCCUGAAAUUUGCCAGCCGUUCUGUGUGUAUGUCUUGGCCCAGUGGCAGUACCAUUUGUGUCGUGGCGUGUCGCUCGCGCAUUCGCUUUAAGCCCGCUAGGACAGUAGGAGAGAAGCGUGUUCACGAACUCACGAGUAAAAAAAAAAAAGCACCUGCACAAGGCAAACGUAUAAGCAGGUGCCUUGAUUUAUGUAAAUUGGUAGCUUGGUAUGAGUGCAACAUUCAUGCGCGAUGCCAGAAGCAGCAUAAGAGCUAAGGCAUUUCGAAGUACAACACUGUCUGUCGUUGAGAGUGUGGCAUUGUUUUUUGUGCAUGAGUGUAUUCAUGUAAAUAGAUUUUGUUUUUUCUUCCACCAUGGAGCUGUGACUGAAAUGAAGAGGUUUUUGUUAACUCUUCGACUCUGUAUAUAUUUUGUAUUUACGUUGAAGGAUGAAAUUAAGGGGCUAACAAAAAAUCUUCAUAUAUCAUUUGUAAAUAAGCAUGGUAGCCCUCAUGGGAUUAAAGAUCUAACCGCCUCAGAAAA